AGUUAAAACCGAACUCACUCACUCACGCGAGCCCUCGUGCUUACACUCUCCGUCGGAACUCUACCGGAACGACUUUUAUUUGUAUUUAUUUUUUUAAAAUCAACAAUGGCCGACAAGUUAGAGGAAGUCAGGACGUCCAACGGGGAGGACCCCUUAGCCCACGGCCCGUCCCACGCUCGCCGCAGCAACCAGGAGCCUCUUUCCCGCCGCGUGAAGCGAAUAGUGGCGGCCAAUUUGCUGGUCAUUCUCACCGUGGUCGGCGUCAUCAUCGGCGUCUUCAUCGGGCUCGGCGUGCGCAACGUGGCGCUGACCCGCACCCAGGUCAUCUACAUCGGCUUCCCCGGCGAGCUGCUCAUCCGCCUGCUGAAGAUGAUCAUCAUCCCCCUGGUGGUGUGCAGUCUAGUGUCCGGGGCGGCCAGCAUCGACCCCAAAGCCCUGGGGAAGUUAGGCGGGUGGGCGAUGCUCUUCUUCCUGGUCACCACGCUCGUUGCCUCGACCAUCGGGGUCGUGAUGGCCUUCAUCAUCAACCCGGGCUCGGUGGCGAUGACCAAGCCCACGCUGGCCGACGCGGACGACAGCGUGCCGGAGUCCAAAGAGGUCAUAGACUCCUUUUUAGAUCUGAUCCGAAACAUCUUCCCUUCCAACCUGGUGUCUGCUGCCUUCCAGUCAUACGCAACCAGCUACAAGCUCGUGAAAACCAAUGGCACAAAUGGCCUCCCUAACAUCACAGUGGAGAAGGUUCCCUUUGGAACAGACCAGGACGGCAUGAAUAUUCUGGGCCUGGUGGUGUUUGCCAUCGUGUUUGGCGUGGCAUUGAGGAAGUUGGGGGAGGAAGGCGAGAUCUUGAUAAAGUUUUUCAACUCCUUCAACGAAGCCACCAUGGUGCUGGUCUCCUGGAUCAUGUGGUAUGCCCCUGUAGGUAUCAUGUUCCUUGUUGCUGGCAAGAUUGUGGAGAUGGACGAAGUCGAUAAGCUGUUUGCCAGCUUAGGGAAAUACAUCGCUUGCUGCAUUGUCGGACACCUCAUCCACGGCGGCCUGGUAUUGCCCGCCAUCUACUUGGUCUUCACGAGGAAGAACCCAUACAAGUUCUUGUGGGGGAUAUUCACAGCUCUGGCCACGGCUUUUGGAACGGCCUCCAGCUCCGCCACGCUGCCGCUGAUGAUGAAGUGCGUGGAGGAAAACAACGGCGUCUCCAAGCAAAUCAGCCGCUUCAUCCUCCCCAUCGGUGCCACAGUCAACAUGGACGGCGCCGCCCUCUUUCAGUGCGUGGCGGCUGUUUUCAUUGCUCAGCUCAACGGCGUCUCCCUCAACUUCAUCCAAGUCAUUACCAUCCUCGUGACGGCAACGGCGUCAAGUGUUGGAGCUGCUGGCAUCCCCGCCGGCGGGGUGUUGACCCUCGCUAUCAUCCUGGAGGCUAUCGGGUUGCCCACCAAUGAUCUCUCCCUCAUCCUGGCUGUCGAUUGGCUUGUCGACCGCACAUGCACGGUGCUCAACGUGGAGGGCGACGCCUUCGGAGCCGGCCUCCUGCAGUUCUUCGUAGACCGCACGUCCAAACCGGAAGAAGCGGAGCUGAGGGACCUCGAAAAGGACGCCGACGAUAACCCCGAGCACUCGCCGCUCAUGGAGAAGAAGGGCCUAAUAAAAACAAACAACCAUAAAAGUAAUAGACGGAUGGAUCUGAAGUUGAUCUCAACACGAUUGUGUUUAAAGUCAAAUGUAAAAAAAAAAAUUUUAAAAUAUUUAUUUGGAUCCCAAAGAAUUUUACUGCGAUUUUAUUUUUUUUAUUUUAUUUUUUUUUUGUGCGUCAUUGCUAAAAAAAAAUAUUACCAAAUUAAAAUCAAUGGUGUUAUGUGUUGACAUUUUUAAGGCUCCAAUUAUUCUAUAAUCUCAAAUAUUCCACUUUAAAAUUCUAUUGGAGGAAACUAUUGCAUUUUUUUUUUUUUUUUUUUCCAUAACAAAACAGGGUUUUCAUUGACAAAAAGGGCAUCCAACUUAAAUCUUUAAAAACGUUAUAUUGACAGAUAGACCUAAUGUUGAUCUACAGAUUUGAACCUUGAAUAAAAAUAAUACAAAAUAUUGACACAAUUUAAAUAUUUUUUUCGACCAAAAUCCUUUGGGCUCCCUGGGAUCAAGCCUGAGUAGGCUUGAGGCCUAAAUGUAUAUUUUUACACAUAUGUUGUAUUGUUUUUUUAAAUAAAAACAUCAGUGGUAAGCACAUUCUAAAAAUACGAUUUAAAAAAUAAAAAAACGAAAAAGUGGUAUAAAAGAGUAAAACAGGUGAAAUUUGAUAAGAAAAUGUUGCAAUGUUUUUUUAAUAACACAAAGCUGCCAUGCAGGCUGUUAUUUUUCUUUUUAAAAAAUAAUCAUCAAAAUCAAUGUCACAUUAAAUAUUCCACUUUGAGAUAUUUUGGGGGGAAAAUGUUGCAUAUUUUAUUUUUGCCAUAAAAAAACAUUUUUUUUUUUUUCUAAAAAAGGGCCUAAUAAAAACAAACAAACAUAAACAACCAUAAAAGUUAUAAUUGACGGAUGGAUCUGAAGUUGAUCUCAACACGAUUGUGUUUAAAGUCAAAUGUAAAAAAAAAAAUUUUAAAAUAUUUAUUUGGAUCCCAAAGAAUUUUACUGCGAUUUUAUUUUUUUUAUUUUAUUUUUUUUUGUGCGUCAUUGCUAAAAAAAAUAUUACCAAAUUAAAAUCAAUGGUGUUAUGUGUUGACAUUUUUAAGGCUCCAAUUAUUCUAUAAUCUCAAAUAUUCCACUUUAAAAUUCUAUUGGAGGAAACUAUUGCAAAUUUUUUUUUUUUUUUUUUUCCAUAAAACAGGGUUUUCAUUGACAAAAAGGGCAUCUAACUUAAAUCUUUAAAAACGUUAUAUUGACAGAUAGACCUAAUGUUGAUCUACAGAUUUGAACCUUGAAUAAAAAUAAUACAAAAUAAUGACACAUUUUAAAUAUUUUUUUUGACCAAAAUCCUUUGGGGUCCCUGGGAUCAAGCCUGAGUAGGCUUGAGGCCUAAAUGUAUAUUUUUACACAUGUUGUAUUGUUUUUUUAAAUAAAAACAUCAGUGGUAAGCACAUUCUAAAAAUACGAUUUAAAAAAUAAAAAAACGAAAAAGUGGUAUAAAAGAGUAAAACAGGUGAAAUUUGACAAGAAAAUGUUGCAAUGUUUUUUUUAAUAACACAAAGCUGCCAUGCAGGCUGUUAUUUUUCUUUUAAAAAAAUAAUCAUCAAAAUCAAUGUCACAUUAAAUAUUCCACUUUGAGAUAUUUUGGGGGGAAAAUGUUGCAUAUUUUAUUUUUGCCAUAAAACAAAAUUGUUUUUUUUUCUAAAGAAGGGCCUAAUAAAAACAAACAAACAUAAACAACCAUAAAAGUUAUAAUUGACAUAUGGAUCUGAAGUUGAUAUCAACACGAUUGUGUUUAAAGUCAAAUGUAAAAAAAAUUUUUUUUUAAAUAUUUAUUUGGAUCCCAAAGAAUUUUACUGUGAUUUAUUUUUUUAUUUUAUUUUAUUUUUGCCAUAAAAAAAACAAAAUUGUUUUUUUUUUCUAAAGAAGGGCCUAAUAAAAACAAACAACCAUAAAAGUAAUAAUUGACGGAUGGAUCUGAAGUUGAUCUCAACACGAUUGUGUUUAAAGUCAAAUGUAAAAAAAAAAAUUUUAAAAUAUUUAUUUGGAUCCCAAAGAAUUUUACUGCGUUUUUAUUUUUUUAUUUUAUUUUUUUUUUGUGCGUCAUUGCUAAAAAAUAAUAUUACCAAAUUAAAAUCAAUGGUGUUAUGUGUUGACAUUUUUAAGGCUCCAAUUAUUCUAUAAUCUCAAAUAUUCCACUUUAAAAUUCUAUUGGAGGAAACUAUUGCAAAUUUUUUUUUUUUUUUUUUUUUCCAUAAAACAGGGUUUUCAUUGACAAAAAGGGCAUCUAACUUAAAUCUUUAAAAACGUUAUAUUGACAGAUAGACCUAAUGUUGAUCUACAGAUUUGAACCUUGAAUAAAAAUAAUACAAAAUAAUGACACAUUUUAAAUAUUUUUUUUGACCAAAAUCCUUUGGGGUCCCUGGGAUCAAGCCUGAGUAGGCUUGAGGCCUAAAUGUAUAUUUUUACACAUAUGUUGUAUUGUUUUUUUAAAUAAAAACAUCAGUGGUAAGCACAUUCUAAAAAUACGAUUUAAAAAAUAAAAAAAACGAAAAAGUGGUAUAAAAGAGUAAAACAGGUGAAAUUUGACAAGAAAAUGUUGCAAUGUUUUUUUUAAUAACACAAAGCUGCCAUGCAGGCUGUUAUUUUACUUUAAAAAAAUAAUAAUCAAAAUCAAUGUCACAUUAAAUAUUCCACUUUGAGAUAUUUUGGGGGGAAAAUGUUGCAUAUUUUAUUUUUGCCAUAAAAAACAAAAUUGUUUUUUUUUUUUCUAAAGGGCCUAAUAAAAACAAACAAACAUAAACAACCAUAAAAGUUAUAAUUGACGGAUGGAUCUGAAGUUGAUCUCAACACGAUUGUUUAAAGUCAAAUGUAAAAAAAAUUUUUUUUAAAUAUUUAUUUGGAUCCCAAAGAAUUUUACUGCGAUUUAUUUAUUUUAUUUUAUUUUUGCCAUAAAAAAACUAAAUUGUUUUUUUUUCUAAAGAAGGGCCUAAUAAAAACAAACAACCAUAAAAGUAAUAAUUGACGGAUGGAUCUGAAGUUGAUCUCAACACGAUUGUGUUUAAAGUCAAAUGUAAAAAAAAAAAUUUAAAAAUAUUUAUUUGGAUCCCAAAGAAUUUUACUGCGAUUUUAUUUUUUUUAUUUUAUUUUUUUUUGUGCGUCAUUGCUAAAAAAAAAUAUUACCAAAUUAAAAUCAAUGGUGUUAUGUGUUGACAUUUUUAAGGCUCCAAUUAUUCUAUAAUCUCAAAUAUUCCACUUUAAAAUUCUAUUGGAGGAAACUAUUGCAUAUUUUUUUUUUUUUCCAUAACAAAACAGGGUUUUCAUUGACAAAAAGGGCAUCUAACUUAAAUCUUUAAAAACGUUAUAUUGACAGAUAGACCUAAUGUUGAUCUACAGAUUUGAACCUUGAAUAAAAAUAAUACAAAAUAUUGACACAUUUUAAAUAUUUUUUUUGACCAAAAUCCUUUGGGGUCCCUGGGAUCAAGCCUGAGUAGGCUUGAGGCCUAAAUGUAUAUUUUUACACAUAUGUUGUAUUGUUUUUUUAAAUAAAAACAUCAGUGGUAAGCACAUUCUAAAAAUACGAUUUAAAAAAUAAAAAAACGAAAAAGUGGUAUAAAAGAGUAAAACAGGUGAAAUUUGACAAGAAAAUGUUGCAAUGUUUUUUUUAAUAACACAAAGCUGCCAUGCAGGCUGUUAUUUUUCUUUAAAAAAAUAAUAAUCAAAAUCAAUGUCACAUUAAAUAUUCCACUUUGAGAUAUUUUGGGGGGAAAAUGUUGCAUAUUUUAUUUUUGCCAUAAAAAAACUAAAUUGUUUUUUUUUUUCUAAAGAAAGGCGUAAUAAAAACAAACAAACAUAAACAACCAUAAAAAUUAUAAUUGACGGAUGGAUCCGAGGUUGAUCUCAACACGAUUGUUUAAAGUCAAAUGUAAAAAAAAAUUUUUUUAAAUAUUUAUUUGGAUCCCAAAGAUUUUUACUGUGAUUUAUUUUUUUUAUUUUAUUUUUGCCAUAAAAAAACCAAAUUGUUCUUUUUUUCUAAAGAAGGGCCUAAUAAAAACAAACAAACAUAAACAACCAUAAAAGUUAUAAUUGACAGAUGGAUCUGAAGUUGAUCUCGACACGAUUGUGUUUAAAGUCAAAUGUAAAAAAAAUUUUUUAAAAAAUAUUUAUUUGGAUCUCAAAGAAUUUUACUGCGAUUUAUAUUUUUUAUUUUAUUUUUUUUGUGUGUCAUUGCUAAAAAAAAAUAUUACCAAAUUAAAAUCAAUGGUGACAUUUUUAAGGCUCCAAUUAUUCUAUAAUCUCAAAUAUUCCACUUUAAAAUUCUAUUGGAGGAAACUAUUGCAUAUUUUGUGGGUUUUUUUCCAUAACAAAACAGGGUUUUCAUUGACAAAAAGGGCAUCUAACUUAAAUCUUUAAAAACGUUAUAUUGACAGAUAGACCUAAUGUUGAACCUUGAAUAAAAAUAAUACAAAAUAAUGACACAUUUUAAAUAUUUUUUUGGACCAAAAUCCUUCGGGGUCCCUGGGAUCAAGCCUGAGUAGGCUUGAGGCCUAAAUGUAUAUUUUUACACAUAUAUUGUAUUGUUUUUUUAAAUAAAAACAUCAGUGGAAAAAGUUUGGACACCCCUGCUCUAGCAUUUUAUAGCACAUGAGUUAGAAAGCACAAAUUUUAUCCAGCAAGGGCUCAACUCGGGGAUGUUAGGAUGACAACUUUUUUUGGAAAAUCACUCGGGUGCUUUGUGAAAAUAUAGAAACUUUAUUGACCUCAAAGGUUGUAGUGUUUGUAUUUUGCUAAAUCCCAAAAUGUUUGCUGUUUAGGUUUAAUGAGAAGAUCUUGAUUUUAUCCCAUAUUGUAAUUAUGGGGAUUAACUUUCAACUUGUCUGUUUGAGUCUAUAAGGUGCUUUCCACUUUCCUGUCAUUUAUUUUCCCCAAUUUUGUUUUUCUAAUAUCUUAGGAGGGGAGCACUACUUUUCAUCUCGCCUGGUUUUAUCGUAGACAAUCAUACAAAAGUGGGUUACGAGCCAAAUGACACGGCACGAACGUUGAAAUGCGAUACUGCUGCCAUUAAAUGGGUUUCGUUAAAGUUAAAUGGUUCCGUUAAGUUGAAUGUUUAUAUGUCUGCGGUGAGGUGGGGGGGCCGCCGGGUUCUCAACAAUACAUUUUUUUUUAUGACUAA